GAAUGGCUCAUCCUAAACCGCUGCUGAUUCCAUGGCUGAAGGCCCAGAUCAACAGCGGCAGCUUUCCAGGUGUCCAGUGGACCAACCCAGCGCAAACAGAAUUCUCCAUUCCCUGGAAGCACGGCCUCCGACAGGACUCGUCUAACACGGAUGUCCUCAUCUUUAAAGCCUGGGCCGAGGUGAGUGGCAACGGCCGAGCUCUGGGAGACCACUCCGUCUGGAAGAGGAACUUCAGGAGUGCCCUCCGAGCAAAAGGCUUCAAAAUGAUGUCAGAUAACAAGAAUGACGUAGCUAACCCCCAUAAAGUGUUUCGGUGGCCGGAGGAAUCAGCAUCAGCGGCUAGCUCAUCUGCUGGAUCCCAGGAGCAAGAGGAUGCUGUUGCGUUUGAUGACUUCAACAUGAGAGAACACCAGGUUGGCCCAUACUUUGUCGAUGGUCUCUACCUUCCAGAAGACAUUGUGAUGCCAGAAUGCCAAGCCAGCCAGGACAUUCUCCAGGAGUGUUUGAAAGGCCUGAACAUCGGCCCAGACAGAGAGGGCACGGCGGGCUUUGAGCUUCCUCCUGAGCAACAGCAGCUGCACAAUCAGGUUGUGAUUGGUGGACAUCCGUUGCCCGGGCAACAACAGGAUCCAGUAGCAUUUGAGGGUGCAGCCAGUGAAACUGGGUUGCCAGAGCAACCAGCAUGUCCAGUGAGGGAAGCUGAAGGAGGAGCCUACGAUGAUGGGCAGUUCGCAGCACAGUUCCUGCACACAAUGCACAAGACCGGAGAUGGGGAUAAUUUCAAGACUCAAUUCAGGAUUACUGUGUACUACAGAGGAGUGAAGGUGUCUGAGCAGCUGGUUGAGAAUGAGGCUGGAAUCCGCCUUGUUUACAGGCCUCAACUCGUGGGUACGGAGGUGGAUGGUGAGACGGGCCUCUCCCUGGUCUCUCUGCCAAUGCCUGUGGCUAUGCUGGAUCAAACUCAGGCCAAGCUCACCCAAAGGAUCCUGGAUAUUCUGGGUGAUGGCGUGGAUGUGGGAGUAUCGGGCCACGUGGUUUACGGACAGCGGCGCGGUGAAAUCAAAGCAUUCUGGAGCUUUUCCAAGUUUGACAGCAGCAAACAGCCCAAAGAGAUUUCGAAACUGCACCCUGAUCCACUUUACCAGUUCAAGGACUUUGUGAGAGGAAUAGUGGAUUUCAGUAAUGGGGGAGCCUGCCCUCCAUGCUCCCUGUUCUUCUGUCUCGGGGAGAAGUGGCCUGAUCCAGACAACAAGCCCUGGGAGAAGAAACUCAUCACAGUGGAGGUGGUGCUGACUUCGAUGGAGAUGCUGAAGAAUAUAGCUGUUGAGGGCGGAGCCUCCUCCCUGCAAUCUGUAGAGCUGCAGAUGUCGCUGGAGGAGCUGAUGGAAUUGUAC